AUGGUUGAGCAGCCAAAACCGUUUCAUAGACCUCUGCCUCCUAAGCUACUGUCUAAACUGUCUGUGCCAAGGGAGAACGCUGAGAAAGCAGGAGGGAUUUUUGGACAAUAUCAAACUAGGGCAAUAAAGAGCACAAAUUAUGAAAAUGGAAAAAAAGAGUCUGGCAGUGCUCAAGGGCAAGUCAGGCAGACAGAUGCUUCCCUCAGCAAUGAGCACGGAUUCCACAGUCCCUUGAAAAUCCAGCCUAAAGAUACACCCCAGUCUGUUCAUCAGAUUUGCCACAGUCAAACACAAAUCCAGCUCAAAGAGCUAUUUCUUCAGACUCAGUUGCAGCCUGGCAAUACACAAACUGUUUGUCCACGUGUAGUGCUGAGCAAGUGCCAUGAAAAUUAUGCAGAAUGCACCAGGAAGAAGAUGAGACAUAGUAAAAGUACAGAGGAAAUGGCAAAAGAAGGUAUUGAUAGGUUGUUUUUAUUAGAAAAUCUCUAGUGUCUGGAUGCUGCCUAUAAUGACAUUAGCUUUAUUCCUAGUGACAUCAAGAACCUCUGAAAACUGAAAUGUCUGAACCCUGAAGAGAACCAACUGUCUGCAUUGCCAUUUAGGGUAUUGAAACUUCCACUAAAAUUCCUCAGAACAGAAAAUAACUUCAUUCACCCCUUGUUGAAAGAAAAGAUUCAGAAUUAGCUUCAGAAGUUCACUCAUCUGGCUGCCCUUUGUUUCUCCAGAAAUAAUCUAAAGGGAAGAUACCUACACAACACGGAAGAUAUUAGAAGAUUGCAUGAUUUCACUGUCUGUGAUUGCUGCAGUGGACCUUGGUAUGGAAAAGUACUGUGACACAUCUGACAUUACAGGAACAUACUUAAAUUUGGAAGACUUCCCCUUUGUUUCCAUGCAUACCCAUCAUUAUGCCAUAGAAACCUCAUCUCUCAGACUGUCUUGACUCCAGUACUUUGUGGAAAGUGA